AUGCAAAAUCCAUCUGUAGUAUUGUACGGACCGAAGAAUGCGAAGAUCGAAGACAUCGCGAUACCAGAGGUGGUCGACCCUCACGAUGUGAUCGUUCGCAUCAACUAUGUAGGAGUUUGUGGAAGCGAUGUCCAUUUUUGGCACCAUGGCGGUAUCGGCAAGAUGGUCGAUCCCUCUACCGGCAUCGUGAUGGGCCACGAAGCCUCAGGUACCAUCUACUCUGUCGGAUCAUCUGUGAAAAGCGUCAAGCCAGGUGAUCGCGUAGCCAUCGAGCCAGGCAUACCAUGUCGUAUAUGCAAAGCGUGCAAGUCUGGAGUUUACAACAUGUGUCGUGACAUACGCUUCGCUGCCGCCCCCGGUCCGCCUGACACGCAAGGCACACUAUCGAAGUACUUUCGCAGCGCAGAGGACUUCGUGUAUAAGAUUCCGGAUGAUAUGGGUUUGGACGAGGCAGUUCUUGUGGAGCCGCUCGCGGUCGCUGUGCAUGCGGUCAAGCUGGCCGAUGUGAAACCUGGCGAAACAGUCGUGGUGAUGGGGAGUGGGACGAUUGGACUAUUCUGCGCGGCGGUUGCGCGUCAAUUUGGCGCACAUCGCAUCAUCGUUGUGGAUAUCCUGGAGAAAAAGCUUGAGUUUGCAGCCAGUUACUUGAAGUGUGAGACUUUCCGCUCGUCGACCGACGCAAGUCCAGAAGGCAACGCCGAAGAACUACUUAAGAAGUUCGACCUUGCGGAGUACGGCAUCGAUACAACCGGUGGUAUAAUAGAUACCGUCAUCGAAGCUUCCGGUGCAACAUCUAGCAUCGAUAUGGGUAUAAACAUUGUACGACCGGGUGGCAAGUAUGUUCAGACUGGGCUUGGAAAGCCGAAGAUUGAGUUUCCGAUUGUGGCUAUGGGUCAAAAAGAGCUUAUGGUGAGGGGGUGUUUUAGGUAUGGUGCUGGAGAUUAUGAGCUUGCUAUGAGGUUUUUGGAGAAGGGCUUGGUCGAUGUGAGGCCUUUGAUUAGUUCGGUAACACCGUUUGAGAAGGCGACCGACGCAUGGGAGAAGACAUCAAGGGGUGAAGGUGUCAAAAAUCUGAUUCUGGGUGUGCAGAAUUGCUGA